AGAGAAGCAAGAAACAAAAUAACGUAAAACAGAAUGGGAUUUCUAUGGACGAUUGCAGAACUCCUGGUAGCCUUAGUUUUCAUUAUAGUUUCGUUCUUGCUUACUGCAGUCGUAUCUGAAGCUUAUAGAAGAAGACACAACAACACGCAUGUUGAUGCUCCUGCUUUCUUCGAGGAUCCGAAUUCCUUGAAACAGGUUCCAUUUCCCCAUAUCCAUGAUCCUGCCGAUAAAUAUAUAUCUUUGGUUAUUCCUGCGUUUAAUGAAGAGCAUAGGCUUCCGGGAGCCCUUGAUGAAACCAUCAAUUAUCUUCAAGAGCGUGCAGCAAAGGAUAAGUCAUUUACUUAUGAGGUGGUGAUUGUUGAUGAUGGAAGUGCUGAUGCGACAAAACGAGUAGCUUUUGACUUUGUAAAGAAAUACACAGUGGAUAAUGUAAGGGUUAUCCUUCUUGGUAGAAAUCAUGGCAAAGGAGAAGCUAUUAGAAAAGGCAUGCUUCAUUCACGUGGUGAACUACUUCUAAUGCUCGAUGCCGAUGGGGCAACCAAGGUUACUGACUUAGAGAAACUAGAAAAUCAGAUCCAUGCAGUUGCUAGAAAGGCCGUGAUAGGGAAACUCACUUGUAAAUCAUGGAUCUGCUUGUGUGAUAUCAUCCUUAUUUUAUGGGGGCCUUUAGUUGAUCUUCUUGCCUUCAUUUCUCAGAGGAAAUGGUACCGCAAUUUUCUUAUGAAAGGCUUUCAUCUUGUGGUUCUCUUGACUGCUGGUUCUGGAAUUCGUGACACACAGUGUGGUUUUAAGAUGUUUACUAGGGCCGCUGCCCGGAAGCUUUUCACAAACAUCCGGUUGAAGAGAUGGUGCUUCGAUGUUGAGUUGGUUUUCCUAUGCAAAUGGUUUGGUAUCCCUGUGAGUGAGAUUUCUGUGAACUGGACUGAAAUCCCAGGAUCCAAGGUGAACCCAUUAAGCAUUCCCAACAUGCUCUGGGAGCUAGCGCUCAUGUCCAUGGGAUAUAGGACUAGAAUGUGGAAAAUUUGCAGCUGAGACAUUUCAUUUGGAGUUUAUUUAUGAGAACUGUUGCGAUCUUCCUGGCAUUUCUGCUCUCGGAGUUAUUCUGACACUUGAUUAGGCAACGUUAGGGCAUGCAGACUACGGAAUACACCAUUACAAUGAACGCCAUUUCGAACCCUGCGGUUUCUGCUGGCAGUACUGUUUGAGGAGCACAUUUUUCGAUUCGUCUUCCUUUCACUUGAUUUUUGUUUCAUAAUUUGGAAUCAUAUUUACAGAGCAUGUGGUCAAAUUAUGCAGCUCAUUGGUAUAACAAUGGAGGGAUGUCAGUGCGGACUCCUUUCAUUUGAAUUCUA